AAAAUUGUUCAGCAUGACUUUAACAAAAGAAGAAGAGCUGGAGUUUAUUCCACAAGAGCGACGUCUCGAUGUUCUGGUUAACGCCCAGAAAACAAUUUGUGAAACUAAAGAAAAGAAAGGGCGGAUAGUUUUUGUGACAUUCGCCACAAAAUUCGACAAAAAAGUGGUUGAAAUUACCUUAGAUGAAGAGGACCCGCUGAGCCAGUUGUACAAAACAGCCCAGGAAAUUUUUCCUUACUUCUCAUGGCGGUUUUGUCUUGAUGAGCCAACCAAUCUCAUUGAAGGCUUGUCAAACAAACGCCGAGUUUUUGGUAGUAUCAAGCAAUCCCGUUUCUACAACUUUCUCUAUCUUGUCAUCACUCUCUUACCGACUUAUCAUCCAUUCGACUGUGACGAGUGCAAGGCAGAAUGCAACUGGAAUAAUCGAUACAAAUGCACAAUAUGCGCCGAUUAUGACCUUUGUAGGCAGUGUGAGGCAAAAAACUUGCACGCAAAUCAUGCAAUGCUUAGGAUUCUCUCUAGUGAUACCGAACUACCUAAAUAUAUGUAUAUGAGUUCACCCAGUUUUGUUUCUGAACACUGUUCAAAAUAAAUUGUUAUAUAAUA